UUACGUCCUGCUGUUCGACAUCAUCGGAGGCUCGGAUGAGAAGUGCUUGUACGAGCCAGUCUAUCCCAAGGGCGCUCGUGUUAAGGUGACUCCGGCUUACAAAGAGGAACAAUGUGCUCCAGCUCUGACCCUAGAGAUGAAGAAACCCAUCGACCUGGAGGCUCCAAUCAGCUGUCUGCAGACGCUGCAGGAGGAUCUGUUAGUGGCGACGGCAGACGGUUAUCUGCACAUGCUGCACUGGGACAGUGUGAGUAACGGCCGGAGAGCAGUGAACCUGUGCACCAUCCCCUUCUCGCUCGACCUGCAGUCCUCCAGAGGAGGGCCGUGUUUGGAUCUGAACGGUGUUCAUAUUCGGGAAAUGGAGUACUGUGCUACGCUGGACGGAUUUGCAGUCGUGUUUAAUGACGGGCGGCUCGGAUUCAUCACACCAACUGCAAACAGACUAGCCACAGAUGUAAGAGAGAGCAUUACUAAACAAGGAAUAUUCAGAAAGCUGCUGCUGUAUAAACAUGUCAGCCAGCUUUAA